AUGGUUGCUGAUAGUAACAGUAAUAAACAGAGUGUUAUUCCAUGUAAAGUUUGUGGGGACAGAGCCUCCGGAUAUCAUUAUGGGGUUACGUCAUGUGAGGGCUGCAAGUGUACAGUUAUUAGAUUGAAUAGGAACAGAUGUCAAUAUUGCCGAUUUAAAAAAUGUCUCGCUGUUGGAAUGUCUCGUGAUUCUGUACGUUAUGGAAGAGUGCCAAAAAGAUCAAAAAGUCAAGACCAUGAUCAAAGAGUGAGUUCUACAGACAACUUGCAGGAACAGACGGCGCUAGAAAGUAAACAACUGGCUAUAUAUGAUGUGAUUCUCAGUAUCUCGCAGGCCCAUCAUGCACAUUGUGCUGUCACUGAAGAUAAGAUGAAAAAUUUUACAAGAAAAAAUGCAACUCUGGUAGAGAAAAUCGAAUGUACAGAUGGAGCAUUACAAUUCACAGAUGAACAGAUGGAGGCCCAGAGACUCUCCAUGUGGUGUCAGCUAGCUAAAUUAAUUACCCCUUCAGUUCAUAGUGUUGUCGAGUUCGCUAAACGUGUACCAAGUUUUUCAGAGUUAAGUCAAGAUGAUCAGCUGAUAUUAAUUAAAGCAGGUUUUUUUGAGGUUUGGUUAACAAGAAUGAGUCGAAUGUUUAAUCGUAAUGAAAACUUAGUCACGUUCGAAGACGGAAGUAUGAUACACAAGGAUGAGUUGUCUGUCGUUUUUUCAGUAACGUUUGUGAGUUCGUUGUUUGAUGUAUCAACUAGUUUUAAUCAUCUCAAUCUUAACGAUACAGAAGUUGGGUUAUUUACUGGUAUUGUACUUGCUACUGCUGAUCGUCCUGGUCUGUCUGAUUCUAAAGGCGUGGAACAGAUUCAAGAUAAAUUAAUCGAAGCUUUAAAAUUACAAGUCAGUCGCAACCACUCAACGGAGGAGAAUCUAUUUGCAUCGAUCAUCAUGAAAUUCCCGGAAUUAAGAACUCUCGGUCACCAGCAUAAUGAGUUAUUGAAGUGGUAUCGCGUACAGUGGAAUCGUAUCAGCCUACCUCCUCUAUUUGCAGAGAUUUAUGACAUACCAAAACAAGAAGACGUCUCUCAGGUCCCUGCGGCCUACACCGUUUAG